ACAUAAAGUGCUGCUCCCUUCCGCCUCUGACCGAUCUGCCAACCCAAUCAUUGGGUCCCAAUGUCGACGACGAGCACGUCGGCGCAUGCGCCAGCGCACCGCCGCCGGAGUGGCCGCAAGGCGCCCCCGCCGCUCCAGCCCUGGUGCUGCUCGUUCGUCCUCGACCCGCUCGCCGCCGCCGCCGCCGCCACCCGGAGCCCGCUCCCCGCGCCGCGGCCAGCCAAACCUCCGCACGCCCCGCCGCUCUCCCGCCGCAUCCGCUCCCCCGGCCGCGUCUCACCCGUCGACGACCCGUUUUCCGGCACCGCAGCUUCGUUCGCUUCCGCGCGGCUGUCGUCCGUCUCCGAGUGCCAGCCGCUUGCCCUGCCUCCGCCUCCGCCGGCGGCGGUGGUGGAGAAGUCGAGGGCGACGCUGCGGCUGAGGCUGGUGGAGAAAGGCAUGAUCUUGGAGGUAGACGAGGUGGAGAGGGUGCGCAAGGAGAGCAAGGCGGUGAGGAAGGUUCUUUGGGGUGGAGGAGGAGGCGAGGUGGCGGUAGAAGGUAAGGUAGAAGUGGAAGCGGUCAGGGAGGCAGUGGAGAUGAUGUUGGGAGACGAGAACGAGGCCGCGGCGAUGAGGCGGCUAGCCCGUGGCGGCGUCGCGCGAGCUAUCGUCGUGCUCGAGGUAUCCUUCUCACUUAUGUUUGACAGAGGAGUUAACAAUUGUCUAAAGUAUCUUGAGGCUGUCCCAUGGAAUGAGCCUGAAGAGGAGAGCAUCAAGAGUUUGCUUUCUCGGCAUUCUUCCUACGAAGCAGCUUCCCGAAACUUGCUAGCACGGUUACAGCCACAAAACCCCACCUCAUCUGCAGAACUGGUAGUCGAACUCAUAGAUUCCAUCGCAAAGGGGACCAACAAGAAUGCUCGGAUGGAGCUGCGGACUUUAGUCAAUAAUAUCUUAUCAAAGACCUCUAUCUACAUAAAGGGUGAUAAUGAGCUGGACAUGAGGAGCAUUUACUAUAUCUGCCAUUCUUGCCUGAAAUGUCUGGUGGGAGUAUUUGAAGAAUCCUCGGAUCUGGUUCCUGCUGAUCAAACAGCUAUUUCUGUUGGGAAAGGACCGCUUGAGAGAAUCUACAAGCAAGUUGAGGACCUCAACUGGUUGCUGCAGAUUAUAAUAGACAGGCAGAUGGGAGAGGAAUUUGUUGAUUUAUGGGCCAACGAGAAGACCCUCAGUAGUAUGCACGAACGGGUGUCACCUAUGAUACGUUAUGAGCUCAGCCGGAUUUCAGCCACGAUUUUCAUCGCCAUGGGAAGUGGGAAGCUCCGUUGUACUGGGGAUAAAAGGUUCAGCAUCUUUCAAGCCUGGUUCAGGCCAAUGCUGGUGGAUUUCAGUUGGCUCAGGAGGUAUCCGAAGGGCCUCAACAUCACUACGCUGGAGGAAGGAAUCGGGCAAGCGUUGUUGACACUCACAUUGAAACAGCAGCAGGUGCUGUUCAUGGAGUGGUUCGAGGCUUUCAGUGGGCAAGGCCGGGAAUGUCCAAACCUAAUGAGGGCCUUCCAGGUCUGGUGGCGGCGAUCGUUCGUAAGAUCCUUAGGUAGUAGCUGAGUGUGGUUGAUUCUAGCAAUUCAUCAACUGAGUUGUGUGCAUGUGUGUGUAUUUGUUUUAUGCUGCGAUAUAUAUAUAUAUAUCAUGUGUCAGAUUCCCUCAAGAUGUAACAAAAACAUUAUUUAGUUGUUCCAUGUUGAGCUGAAGGUAUAUCUGCUUUGGCGGUUGAGAAGCUCCAUUCAAUGAGAGUUGUUAGUGCAAUUUCAUUAAUAAACUUUAGUGUGAUCAGAACUAGUGGUCCAAUGGUGCAUUGGUUGCCGCUUGCAAAAUAAGAAGUGUCCUGAAAAUUCUACAUGCAGCCAAGCCAUGCAGGAGAACUGGAGCUUUCUGUCUUGGAUUAGUGCCAUGACGUUAUG